UCCCCACGCCGACAAUUUGUUGUCAAAAAUGACCAGAAUUUGAGAUUGAAGGUUGGUUAAAGAAAUCAUAAUAUCUAUCAUCAAUCAAGUGUUAAUACAGAAUUUUAUUUAAUUUAUAUCCAAUAUGGCUGAAGUAUCCAAGACAGUUCCAUCUUCAGCUGCUCCUAAUGACUUUAUAUUGAGUUUAUCCGAUGAACAGAUUGAACAUGAUCAAAAAAUCGGUAUAAAAGCAAUCAGAUUAUUCUUACAAAGUAAAACUUCAUAUGAUGUUUUACCAGUCAGUUAUAGAUUAAUAGUAUUAGAUACAUCGUUAUUAGUCAAGAAAUCAUUAAAUAUCUUAUUACAAAACAAUAUUGUUAGUGCACCAUUAUGGAAUAAUCAAAAUUCAAGAUUUGCUGGAUUAUUAACAUCAUCAGAUUUCAUUAAUGUUAUUCAAUAUUAUUUCCAAUUUCCAGAGAAGUUUGAAUUUGUGGAUCAAUUGACUUUAGAUGGAUUAAGAGAUAUUGAAAAAGCAAUUGGAGUUCAACAAAUUGAAACAGUAUCGAUUCAUCCAUUUAAAUCUCUUUACGAAGCAUGUGUUAAAAUGUUAGAAUCAAGAGCUAGAAGAAUCCCAUUAAUUGAUGAAGAUGAAAAGACUCAUCGUGAAAUUGUGGUAUCAGUGUUAACUCAAUAUAGAAUUUUAAAAUUCGUGGCCUUAAAUUGUAAAGAAACUAAGAUGUUAUUAAAACCAAUUAGAAAUAUUCAAGGUUUAGGUACGAUUAAAGAUAUUUCUACAUGUACUAUGAAUACACCAGUUAUUGAAGUGAUACAUUUAUUAGCUCAUAAAUCAGUGUCAUCGGUUCCUAUUGUUGAUGAACAAGGUAAAUUGAUUAAUGUUUAUGAAGCGGUUGAUAUUUUAGCUUUAGUUAAAGGUGGAAUGUAUACUGAUUUAGAUUUAAGUGUGGGAGAUGCUUUAUUAAGAAGAGCUGAAGAUUUUGAAGGGGUGCAUACAUGUACGUUAAACGAUAGAUUAAGUACUAUUAUGGAUACUAUAAGGAAAUCAAGAUUACAUAGAUUAUUUGUGGUUGAUGAUGAAGGGAAAUUAGUAUCUGUUAUAACGUUAAGUGACGUUUUAAAUUAUAUUUUAUUUGGAGAAGAUUAAGAUCUAUAGCAUUUUAGUAAUAGUUGACUUUAUAGAAAUAUGUAUUUAGACUCAGUCUGCAAAAGAUUGUAAGUUGACGAUGUUACGAUAAAUCGUUAGAUAUGAGAAGGCAGAGUAGUAAAGGUUUAAAAUUAAGUUAAUGCUACUGAGUUAGAGACUAUUUUAUAAUAGUAUAUAGGUUUAGUAAGUAAGAUUAUUAGAAAGUAAAGUAUAUUCAGUGUUUAACUGAUUUAAGAUACCAUAAUCAGUGGGCCCAGUACAGCACGCGAUCGUGAUGGGUUUACUGAGUUGGGGGAGGGGGCAAAGAAGGAAAGACAGACAGACAGACAGUAAU